UCAAUCUAUUAAGAUUUUCAAACCAACUGAUGAUUAGGUAAUUGGUAGAAGGAAAAUCGAAUGACAAUGUGAUUCAUGGCACUGGUUUUAAUGUGGUACAUGUUUGUGAGAUCUGAGUCAUUUCUUAGUUAGGGCCUACCAUGAAGAUGCCCUGUCUUAGAAAUUAGGUGUCUCAACAUAGAAUGUGGGCAAGGAAGGUAUGUAGAAUAUAUAACGGCUGUUUUCUUGUUACAAUCCAUUUUCAUCAUACACUUGUGCCCACUAGAAGAGUUGUUGAGCUUGAUUUUUUUGAGGCAAGGUGUGUUCAUGGUGGGCCGCACUUGAUGAAUGACCCAUGCCUCCUUGACACGUGUCUCAGACCAUCAAUUGAAUCUCCUCAGUAAAUUGCCUUAGCAUUUCUCUUUUGAAUCGUGUUAAGUCUAGAUAACACAAUGUUUUCUAUGAAUGAUCCCCUCAUGUGCAUUGUUGACCUGUUUGGAUGCGUGUAGAUCCACUUAAAAGGGCAUCUUUGGAUUGGGAAAUACGUUACAAAAUCAUCAGAGGGAUUGCACGAGGUCUUCUCUACCUUCAUCAAGACUCUCUACUUAGGAUUAUUCAUCGGGAUCUCAAAGCUAGCAACAUUUUGUUAGAUGCAGAGAUGAAUCCCAAAAUUUCAGAUUUUGGUCUGGCAAAGAUUGUUGGAGUGGACCAAACUAAAGGCAAUACGAGGAGAAUAGCUGGGACUUACGGAUACAUGUCGCCAGAGUAUGCCAUGCAUGGGCAGUUCUCUGUGAAGUCUGAUGUGUAUAGCUUCGGUGUUCUACUUCUGGAGAUUGUAAGUGGUCGGAGGAACGCUUGUUCCUCGGAUUCAAGCCUUGCGGAAGACCUUUUAAGUUUUGCAUGGAGAAAUUGGAAGGAUGGAACGCUUCUAGAGCUGUUGGAUUCGAGCCUAAGAGGAUGCUAUUCGAGAAGUGAGGUGACCAGAUGCAUCCACAUUGCAUUAUUAUGUGUUCAAGAAGAUGCGUUUGAUAGGCCCACCAUGUCAAGGGUUGUUCUCAUGCUCAGUAGCUCGUCUGUUACUCUCCCAUUGCCUUCAAAACCUGCAUUUAUUGCGUCCAGUAGAAUGAAAUCGGACAUUCCAGUGGCCCGAUACUACGAUUCACAGGCAAGUGACUCUGUGAAUGAGGUGUCAAUUUCCGAAUUAACUCCUCGUUAGUUCUGUGCAUUAAAAAGGUUUUUAGAAAGAAAAUGAUAUGUUUAUGAGAAAGCAAAUUACCCUUGUAAUACUUUGUAUAUAUGCAUUUGAGUGGCUUGAUUGUUG